GGGGAUUUCAUAAAAUCGGGUUGGAAGGAACGUGACUAAAUUCACCUUCUGUAUUGUUGAAGGUCGAAAGAAUAUUUUCAAAAUUUGUUUCAGAUUUGCAAGUAACUUGCAAAUUUAUUACUAUUAAUAGUUUACUUGUAUCAAUAUACUCUAAGGCCAUGGGUCGUAAAUUUUUUGUUGGUGGUAAUUGGAAAAUGAAUGGUACCAAAAGUGAAAUAAAUGAUAUUGUUGGCUUUUUAAAAAAAGGUCCACUUGAUUCAAAUGUUGAGGUUGUUGUUGGUGUACCAUCUAUAUAUUUAACAUAUGCCAAGAAUAUAUUACCCAAUAAUAUUAGUAUUGCUGGACAAAAUACAUAUAAGGUUGCAAAAGGAGCAUUUACUGGAGAAAUAAGUCCUGCUAUGCUUUUGGACAAUGGAAUCCCAUGGGUAAUUCUUGGUCAUUCCGAACGUAGAAAUAUUUUUGGUGAAAAUGAUGAAUUAAUAGCAGAAAAAGUAGCCCAUGCUUUAGAAAGUGGACUAAAGGUAAUUGCAUGUAUUGGAGAAAAAUUAGAAGAAAGAGAAGCUGGUAAAACAGAUGAAGUAGUUUUUAGACAGACAAAAGCUAUUGCAAAUAAAAUCAAUUCAUGGGAUAAUGUAGUUGUUGCUUAUGAACCAGUUUGGGCAAUUGGAACGGGUAAAACAGCCACACCACAACAAGCUCAAGAGGUUCAUGAAAAAUUAAGAAAUUGGUUUUCUAAAAAUGUUAAUCAAACUGUCGCAGAAACUGUUAGAAUUAUUUAUGGAGGUUCAGUAACAGCAGGAAAUGCAAAAGAUUUAGCAAAAGAGAAAGAUAUUGAUGGAUUUUUAGUUGGUGGAGCAUCUCUAAAACCUGAUUUUGUACAGAUCGUUAACGCUAAGCAGUGAGAUGAAAUAUUCUUUAUAUAAGAAUAUUAUUCCUUAAAUUAAUAUACACUCUAGAAUGUGUAUAUUAUAAUAAGUAUAAAAUAAGUAAGAAUUAAUUUAUAAAUAUUUUUCUUGUUGUUUGUAUAGAGAAAGUUUUAUGUCAUGUUCCUGCAAUGAAGAGUUAUUAUCUUACAAUUAACAAUAAAAUAUAUAUUUCAUUCUUCUAUUCUUAAAAAAACAUAUGCUUGUUGUAAAUACAUAAUCAUUAAUAAUUCAAUAAAUGUUACAACAAAAUGUAAGUUUCAUAAUUUAUUUAACCUUUUAAUCUAAUUCAUCAACUAAUCCUUUAAUCAUAACAUUUUCAGGCAUAGAAUUAUUGGCAACUUUUGGAUCACCUCCAAGUUUUGCCUUUGCACAAGCAAUAUCAGAUAAACAUUUAAAUGUUCGUGGUUCCCAAAUAGCCAAAAUUGCUAAUGAUUUGCGAUUUAAUAAUAUAUUACAUCUACUUAAUCCUUCUAAUAGCACUUUUAAACCAAUACCAUGUUCAUUUGUAGCAGCAUCUAUUCUAGUUUCCCAAAGCUCUCUCAUAUCUUGUUUUUUAAGUUUUCUUCCUUUUGUAGAAAACUGCAAUGCUCUAUGUACACUUUUAAUAGUUAAGCUAUAGCAAUUUCUUCUUCUUCCAAUAUAAUGCGCAGCGAGUUUGAAUAUUUGUCGUUUUCGCCAGAAUUCAUCAGGACCCCGACAUCUCACAAAUAACUGUGCACUUAAAAAUACCAUUUUUCUUUUAAAUUUAAAUAAAUAAUAAAAGCAAAUGUUUAUAUGAUAUUUAUAUAAUUUUUAUUUUCACAAAUAUAGUGCAUAAGUAAUCACAUAACCUAAAUAUAU